AUGCCGUCUUUUAAGCCUUUCGCUUCCGUGACGGGGCGAAAUUCAUAUAGUCUUUUUGACAUUCGCUUGGACAGCGAUUUUAUCGUUUUCCGCGGAAGUGACCAUGAAUCGUCUGGUCAAAUACUCAAAGGCACACUAGUUCUGUGCCUUCAGUCAUCACUCAAGAUUGAAGAUGUCCGUCUAAGGCUCGUCGGAACUCUGCGCCAUGUUUGGGCUGACCCUAGAGGAACCGCACCCGGCGUUUCGGGACAAAAGGUUGACAAGACGACGACGAUCCUCGAGCACCGAUGGGCGCCUUUCAUAGGCACACAUGGGAAAAGCAUGACACUCCCUGCUGGAAACUACGAAUGGCCUUUCGAGUACAUGCUACCAGGCAAUAUGGCCGAAAGUGUUGAAGGAAUCCCCGAGGCAUCAAUUACUUACAAGCUGAGAGCGACAGUCGGACGUGGAAAGUUGGCAUACGAUCUACACGCAAACAAACACCUUCGAAUUAUUAGAACACUGGAGCCUGGUGCUCUUGAAUUCCUGCACGCCAUGAGCGUGGAGAACAUCUGGCCCAACAAGGUUGAUUACUCCAUCGUUAUUCCGCAAAAGGCUGUUGUCUUUGGGGGUUUGGUUACGAUGGAAAUGCGAUUUACACCGCUUCUCAAAGGUCUCGAAUUAGGAGAUAUCACAGCAAGGUUGAUGGAAGUCCGUGAAUGCUAUGUUCAAGGAUCCUCUUCCGGUUACGGCACGAAAGAGCACCGAACAGAACGCGAGGUAUCAAUGUGGAAGUUCUCAGCGUCAAGGGAGGAGCAUUGGCAAGAUAUGAUUGAGGAUACUGGCCAAGAAGGCUGGGCAUUGACCAAGAAACUCAACCUUCCCAAGAGAUUACGCCAAUGCAUUCAGGAUUUGAACCACCAUGGCAUCAAGGUUCGACAUAAGAUUAAGUUGACCGUUGCGCUCUGCAACCCUGACGGUCAUAUCUCUGAGCUUCGAGCAACUCUUCCCGUAUCCAUCUUUAUCUCACCCAAUAUGCCUCUUGACGAAGAAGGCAACUUGGUCGACCAGUCACCAACCACGCCUAACAAUGAGCGAGAACUUUCGACGAUCGCUCCUCCCGGAUAUGGAGAGCACGUCCUCGAUCAGCUGUACGAGGAUGUCGAUGUGAGCGGCUUCCAAACGCCUGGGAUUCAAUCAGGUGUCAGCAGUCCCUUCUACGCACAAUCACGAGCUGGGUCGAACGAGAACCUCGCAGCGCUUGCUCACAGUCGACCUGUUGCACCUGCAGCACUGUCAUCUCGACUUGCCAAUGUGUCACUUGAUCCCUCUCAGCGAACAUCAUCAUACACUUCUAUACAUUCAGUCCACUCAGCGGGAUCUCCAGGAUUCAUGUCACCUACAUCAGCGCCCCAGGGGCCAGCUCCACGAUCAGAGCCUGCGACUGCAGCGCUUACCCGGACGAACAGUUCUGAAGAAUCAACCCGGAACUCGGCGGAACAUGUCGAUCUCGACGCCACUGAUCUCGCCGAGCUGAGCAAGGUGCCCAGCUAUCAGACAGCUGUUAAAACCCCAGCCCGCUCGCGUGCUGGCACUGGCGACUUGCUUCUACCCGAUUACCAGACAGCGCUCAGCGCUCCCCGAACACCUCCAGCAAACGAUAUCGUAACAGACCCUCUGGGUACAAUCUCGGAAGACCAGGAUGGCGAGGAUCAUAUCCAACAUGUCUCACGCCCAACCAGCUGGAUCACUGGUGGUCGUUCUUACACUGACGACGCUGCAACCUACCGAAGGUCGCAGAACCGCAACCAAGUCUUUUAA